UUGCUGUAAUGGCGCCGCCCUGUGGCGUUGUGUCGUUGUGAACAAGGACAGUCCUCAGUGUUAGCGCUGUUAAUAAAAAAAAUAGAGUCAUGGCGAGGUUUUUGAGGCCCAGCAUAAGAAGUUUCAUCACCUCACAGCUGAGAAUGUCAUCUGACCAGCUGGGAGAGCUGGGUAAAGGUGCAGGAAAGGGUGGUGGAGGUGGAGGUUCCAUCAGAGAGGCAGGUGGAUCCAUGGGAAAAAAGCAGGCCGCCGAGGAAGAGAUGUACUUCAAACGUAAGGAGCAGGAACAGCUGGCGGCACUGAAGCAGCACCACCAGGACGAGAUAGAUCAUCAAAAAAAGGAGAUUGAACGCCUACAGCGUGAGAUCGAUCGCCACAAGGGGAAGAUCAGGAAGCUGAAGCAUGAUGACUGAGUGUGGCCCACCCUAAAAAUAAGUUCAUUUUCUGACACUUAAUGUCAGACACCUUUGAUGAAGAAAAACUUCACCACUAUUGUGUCACUGGGCCAGUCAUCAAUCUUUUUGACUGUCUUAACAACACUUGAAAGUUAUAAAUUAAAGCUAAAAAUGUGUUUCUGCUGCAUGCUGUGACUUAUGUUGUGCACUGUUUUUGGUUGAAUCCAGGUUUAUACCUGAGCAGUUCGCUGUAUGAUGCAGGUAAAAGGCAAAACAGUGUCCACUACUUUUUGUUCCAGGUUUUUCUCCCAAUGGCAUUGGUCCAAACUGUACUGCAGUCAGAAAUAAAUAGAUUUUUUUGAAAGCAACA